AUGAAUGAGAACGGCGAAAUCUCGGAGGCGCCUCGCAGCGACUCGGAAGAGAAGGUCACAGCGCAGAAACACUCAUCACUAGCGGACGACAAAGCCGUUGACGAAGUGACCGACAUGUUUGCCGGCCUCAACAAAAAGAAGAAGAAAUCGUCCAAAACCAAGACCGAAGAUGCUGGCGAUGCAGAAGACGGCGAGGGAGCACCAGCCGCAACCGCCGACAGCGAGUUUGACCCGACGGCACUGAAAAAGAAGAAGAAGAAGUCCAGCAAACCGAAGACCGAGGGUGGCGACUUUGCCGCGAAGCUCGCAAGCGCCGGUGUAGAGGGACCAGGAGGAGAAGGCGAACAGGACGCUGAGGCCACUUCGCAGGACCAGUCCGGUGACAUGACUGCCGGUACAGGGAUCUGGGCGCACAACUGCGCGACGCCCAUCUCGUACGAGCUGCUUCUCAAGCGCUUCUUCCAACUCGUCAACGAGCACAACCCGGACAUUCUGGCGUCGGGCAGCAAGUCAUACAAGAUCCCGCCGCCUCAAUGCCUGCGUGAAGGCAACAAGAAGACCAUCUUUGCCAACAUUGCCGAGAUCUGCAAACGCAUGAACCGGAACGACGAGCACGUCACCCAGUUCUUGUUCGCAGAAUUGGGUACCUCGGGUUCCGUGGACGGCAGCAAGCGGCUAGUCAUCAAGGGUCGGUUCCAGCAGAAACAGAUCGAGAACGUGCUGCGGCGGUACAUCGUCGAGUAUGUGACAUGCAAGACGUGCCGGUCGCCCAACACAGAAUUGUCCAAGGGCGAGAACAGGCUGUACUUCGUGACAUGCAAUUCCUGCGGGUCCAGGAGAUCGGUCACGGCCAUCAAGUCUGGAUUUACAGCCCAGGUCGGCAAGCGUAAGAGACUCAAUGUCUAA